AUGGGAAAAUUGUUUUUCAGCCAAGGCAACAGGAAAUCUGUUAGCGAUUAUGAAAAAUCCCACUAUUGGUCGCCGAUCCGCUUUGAGCAUCCCUGCCCGACUCAAGUUCUCAUUGCUCGUGCGACGAAGGCUGGACUCGCCAGCGGAUCAGGUUGCGACAAAGAGCCGAAUGAAACGAAAAUGCUGUCCCACCUCCAUCGGGCAGGCUGGGACGAGAUAUGGAGCAUCGCAGCUGCCGCGGGAAAAUGGCGAAUAUCAAACAUGGACGAGGGGUCUGCGCUUUUUCGGUUGGUCAAAUGA